CGACAUUAGUAAUAAGUUUGACACAGAUAACAGUGAGAGGUGUUUGAAGUAAAUUGAUAUUCUGAUAUUGAACGUGGAUGAUGAAAAAUGAAUUUAAUGAGGAUAUUGAGAGAGGUCCGAAAUGUGGAGUGCGACACGUACAGGUCUCCCUCAUAUUUCUUCUCAACUUCGUUGCAUACAGCAUGAGAGAUUCAGUGUCUAUAGCGAUAGUUGCUAUGACGGACAAUUCUACGACAACAAAUCCCAGUGUUCCGACAUAUAACUGGACCAACAAAAAUGUAGUAUUAUCGUCAUUUUUCUGGGGCUACAUAAUUCCGCAAGUGUUCAUGGCCGUAGUUAUGAAAAGAUACGGUACGAAGAGGAUUCUUAUCAUCAGCAUGACAAUCAAUUGCAUCAUAUGCAUUCUCACUCCUGUGACGGCUGAUACGUUUGGUUCGUACGGGAUGAUGGCCUGCCGUGCUCUACAGGGGUUUGCUCAAGCUGGUGUACUUCCAGCCCUAUACAGCGUCCUCUCCCAGUGGGCUCCACCGGCCGAGAGAUCCUUUCUUGGAGCACUUGGUGGUUCCGGUUCCCUUCUGGGCGUUAUAGUUACAAUGCCGGUCACAGGUUUUUUAUGUUCCUCCAGUUGGGGCUGGCCAUCCAGUUUUUAUUUCAACGGAGCUCUGGGUGUAAUGUGGUUGGCAUUGUGGAUAGUUCUCGCUGCUGAUACACCUUUUGACCACAAAUUCAUCUCGCAAGUGGAGAAGAAGUAUAUUGCUUCUUCUUUGGAUCACGAGGAAAACGCAAAAUAUAGGGCCACGCCUUGGACAAAAAUUCUUACGUCUUUACCGUUUCUUGGUAUUACGCUGGCCCAGUUUGGUUGCAGUUGGGGCGAUAAUAUUUCAUUCAUUGAAAUGCCGUCUUAUAUUAACAAAAUACUCAAGUACAAUAUCGAUGCAAAUGGUGUUGUUUCAUCACUCCCAUUUCUAGCUAAUUUCAUACUUGGAUUCAUUUUUGGGUAUGUUGCCGAUACUGUUAUUCGAAAAAGAAUAAUGAGCCUGGAGACAUGCAGAAAAGUAUUUGUUACCAUAUCUACAGUUGGACCAGCAAUAUGUUUGGUUUCUUUGAGUUUUCUACCAGAAAAUGCUACAAUCCUCUCUUGCGUGUUGAUGGUUCUCCACCAGUCAUUCAGCGCGGCAUACCAAGGUGGUAUCUCGAUGAGCUACCUGGACAUUUCACCAAAUUUUUGUGCGAUACUUAUGUCCAUCACCAAUGCUGUUUGUACCAUAUGCGACAUCGUAGUUCCGCUUUUGGUGCAGGUUAUAGUCACAGAUGAGUCUAACAAGAGUCAGUGGACGAUCAUCUUCCUGAUCGCUGCUGCAAUGUACAUAUUUGCAACUGUCGCAUUUGUCUUCCUGGGAUCCGGAAAGGUUCAGUCAUGGGAUGAUAUCACAGAUAAAAAGGCUGCAGUUGACAGUGACGAUACUGAAAAUUGUAAUACUGAUAUAAAUAAAUGAAAUUUUCAUUUGCGUUGUAUAUUCAGAUAUGGAUUCAAG